UUGGAGGUGAACAAAGAUCUGUAUGUAAUGAUGAGAUGCUCAUGUCACUCAAUCCUGACAAUAAAAAUCAUUGUCUUAAAAGUAGGAAUGCAGGCGACAAGAUUAGGUCCGAAAAAAAUCAAUUGAAAUGUAUCGGGAUUAUUUUGGACAGAUUUUUGGCGAGUGUAACCUCUCGUUUCGCCUCUUCCUCUCUGAGGUUACUUGGUUUUGAUUUUGAACGUUAUUGUUGUGGAGUAAAGAAAGACCUAGUUAGCUACUGACUGAACUAAAUAGGCUACCCAACUCCCAGUCGUCUGAAAUAUGUCUAAACUACAGUUGUUGCGUGUGUUUUUAAAUGAGCGUUUAACCGCGGCUGCUGUGGAGAUUUUCGGUGCAGUUGAGAAAACGGUAGUGGAGUACCAGGAGGAGAAUGAUCGGCUACGGAGACUGCUGGGGAUCACACCGGAGAUACAACUAUGUAGAAUAGACUCCCUGCAGCUCUCUGUCUCUGAAGAGGAGGUUCCCCCUGAGCAGCAGCACUGUGAGGAGGAGUGGAGCCCCAGUCUGGGACAGAAGGACCCAGAGACCAAACAGAUUAAAGAGGAACAGGAGGAAGUCAGGACCAGUCAGGAGGAAGAGCAGCUUCAAGGGCUCGUUGAUACCAAAGACUCCAUAUUCACUACUUCCUGUGUGAAAAGUGAAUGUGAUCUGGAGAACCCAUGUCAAGAAGCCGUACUAGCUGAACACCCAACUCUCAGUCCACUGAAAACAUCUAAACUACAGUUGUUCUGUGUGUUGUUAAAUGAAUGUUUAACGGCAUCUGCUGCUGAGGAGAUUUUUGGUGCGAUUGAGGAAACAGUAGCAGAGUACCAGGAGGAGAAUGAUCUGCUACGGAGACUGCUGGGGAGGACACCAGAGAUACAACUAUGUAGAAUAGACUCCCUGCAGCUCUCUGUCUCUGAAGAGGAGGUUCCCCCUGAGCAGCAGCACUGUGAGCAGGAGUGGAGCCCCAGUCUGGGGCAGGAGGACCCAGAGACCAAACAGAUUAAAGAGGAACAGGAGGAAGUCAGGACCAGUCAGGAGGAAGAGAAGCUUCAAGGGCUCUUUGAUACCAAAGACUCCAUAUUCACUCCUUCCUGUGUGAAAAGUGAAUGUGAUCAGGAGGACCCACUUCAGUCCUUGACUCUUCCCCAAACCCAGACUGUGGAGAACAGAGAGAGAGACUCUAAACCAGUGGAUUUCACACCUUUUGUCACUGUGACCCACAUUAAGGGUCUCAACAUUCCCUGUGACCCUCCAGAUAAUCAAAACAUUGCCUCCAGACACAGUUCAGCUGUAAGCAGCUACACAGUAGGACUUGACAACAGUCCACCAUUGGAUACCAGUCCACCAUUGGAUCCCAGUCCACCAUUGGAUCCCAGUCCACCAUUGGAUCCCAGUCCACCAUUGGAUCCCAGUCCACCAUUGGUUCCCAGCCCACCAUUGGAUCCCAGCCCACUAUUGGAGAAACACUGUUCCAAAUCCAGCACCACGUCUAGAAAAACUUACCACUGCCGUGACUGUGGAGAAACAUUUGCUCUGAAAGCUGACCUGCAGAGACAUGUGACUUUCCCCAAGAAGAGACUCAGUGACUGCAGCUUCGGCAAUAAACUCUACAACUCCACCUGUAAACUGAAGGCCCAUGUCCAACUCUGUCACAGUGGUAAACCCUGUAUCUGCCCUGUUUGUGGCAAGACCUUCAAAUAUAAAGGAGGUCUCCCCAGGCACAUGAGGAUUCACAAAGGAGAGAAACCAUUUAGCUGUGGUGACUGCGGGAAAAGCUUCAAUCAGAAGGGGAACCUAACUGAACAUGUAUUGAUUCACACAGGCGAGAAACCUUUUAGCUGUGGUGACUGUGGGAAAAGCUUUGGGCUCAAGCGGUACCUAACCAUGCAUAGACUGACUCACACAGGAGAGAAACCGUUUAGCUGUGGAGACUGUGGGAGGAGCUUUAAUCGCAAGGCUGUCUUAACCAUGCAUAUACGGACUCACACAGGAGAGAAACCAUUUAUCUGUGGUGACUGUGGGAGGAGCUUCAGGCAUAAGGGCUGCCUUAAGAUACAUGUACUGACUCACACAGCAGAGAAACGAUUUAGCUGUGGAGACUGUGGGAAAAGCUUCAAUAAGAGGGGGAACCUAAAAGUGCAUAUACGGACUCACACUGGAGAGAAAUCUUUUAGCUGUGGAGACUGUGGGAAAAGCUUCAAUACGAGGGGGAACCUAACCAGACAUGCACGGACUCACACCAGAGAUAAUUCCUUUCACUGUGGGGAAAGCUUCAAUGAGAAGGGGCACCUAAAUGAACAUAUACAAACUCACACAGGGGAGAAACGAUUUAUCUGUGGUGACUGUGGGAAAAGCUUUAAGCAUAAGGGGUGCCUUAAAAUACAUAUAUUGUCUCACACAGGAGAGAAACCAUAUAGGUGUGGUGACUGUGGCGAAAGCUUCAAUGAGAAGGGGCAUCUAAAUGAACAUAUACAGACUCACACAGGAGAGAAACCUUAUAGCUGUGGUGACUGUGGGGAAAGCUUCAAUCAGAAGGUGGACCUAAAGAGGAAUAUACGGAUUCACACAGGAGAGAAACCACAUGGCUGCUCCGUCUGUGGUAAAGGAUUCACUCAUAAGUCUCAUCUGCUGAGGCAUGUGGAUAAAAUCCACAAAGGAAGAAAACAGGACAGAAACUGAAAGAACAUUCGGACAAAGAGAUUAUCUGUCAGGUUAGUGAAUAGAAAGGCAGGAUGUGGACAAAUCUCUUAGGAAGCAACAGUGAUAUGGCCUCAUCAAAUAUGCAGACGACAUGGCUCUGGUUGCUUGCCUGGAGGUCAAGUCCAUCUCCAGAUACUCCCAGUCCAUUGACUGCCUCUUGACGUGGUUUGACAAUAGCUUCCUUGACCUUAACGUCGCCAAGACUAAAAAACUGUACCUUGGAGGAAAGAACGCUGGGAAAUGGAAGCCCUUCUCUUGAGCUUGUCACUAUGGAAGGAUGUGGAGCAAGUCACACAUUUUAAAUACUUUGGGACAAUUUUAGACCACAAACUUCUAGUAAAACACUGACCUCAUCUACAAAAAGGCAAGGCCGUUUCUUUCCCUACUUAAGAUAGUAUGACGUUUUAAUACAAGCAAACUCACACGGAUCGUGGUACACAAAUACCAGAUUGAGUGUUCUGUUUUAUUUUAUUUACUUUUCUGCUCUUUUGUACACCAGAAUCUCUACUUGCACAUCAUCAUCUGCUCAUUUAUCACUCCAGUGUUAAUCUGCUGAAUUGUAACUAUUCGCUCCUAUGGCCUAUUUAUUGCCUACCUCCUCAUGCCUUUUGCACACACUGUAUAUAGACUUUCUUUUUUCUACUGUGUCAUUGAUUUGUUUAUUGGCUUGUUACUGGCUUGUUUAUUGUUUACUCCAUGUGUAACUCUGUGUUGUCUGUUCACACUGCUAUGCUUUAUCUUGGCCAGGUCGCAGUUGCAAAUGAGAACUUGAUCUCAACUCGCCUACCUGGUUAAAUAAAGGUGAAAUAAAAUUUUAAAAAUGGGUUUCAUUCUGACAUUUCAUUCUGACAUGUAAAUGUUUAUUUAAUGUGUUUCAUUCUGACACGUACAUAUUUAUUGUGUUUCAUUCUGACACGUACAUAUUUAAUGUGUUUCAUUCUGACGUAAAUAUUUAUUGUGUUUCAUUCUGAUGUACAUAUUUAUUGUUUCAUUCUGACAUUUCAUUCUGAUGUACAUAUUUAUUGUGUUUCAUUCUGAUGUACAUAUUUAUUGUUUCAUUCUGACAUUUCAUUCUGACAUGUACAUAUUUAUUGUUUC